UUGCCAACCACAUGCAGAUAUAAGCCUAGAGGUGAACAACCAUCAGUGUACAUGCAUGCAGCUAUAUAGUAGCAUAGUCUAGAAGAAAGAAUUGCUGUUCGAUAUACUAUUUAGAGCAAUGGCUAGUCCAGUUAAUUACGAUUUUGUAGACGAAGUACCCGAAGAUCAUCACUGCACUAUUUGCACUAGCAUUCUAACGGACCCAGUACUGACCGAAUGUUGUGGACAACUUUUUUGCAAAGGCUGUGUAAAAAAUUGGCUACUGGAAAAGAAGACAUGCCCACAUUGUCGAGGGGCCAACUUUGUUUUUAUUAAAAAUCUACGAAUGAAACGAGCCGUCGAUAGCUUGAAGGUCUACUGUCCUAAUCGCUCCAAGGGAUGUGACAAAGUAACUACACUAAGUGCAUGCAAUCAACAUCUUGAAAAAUGCUUGUUUGUGGAGGCAUCAUGCACUAAUGAAUGUGAAGAAAAAAUUUUACGAAAAGAGCUUCAAGAUCACGAGGACAACAAGUGCCCAAAUCGUCGGGUACGAUGUCAGUAUUGCAACAUAAAGGGGAUGCACAAAGAAAUAACAACCAAAACCCAUUUAGACAAAUGUCCACUUUUUCCUAUUUCUUGCUUCAACAAUUGUGGGCAUGAGAAAGUACAACGCUGGAGGUUAGCAGGUCACCAGAAGGUGUGCCCUCUUGAACCAGUAAAGUGUCCUUUAUUUGAAGCUGGGUGUAGAGAAAUGAUUCCAAGAAAAGAUCUGGCAGCACAUAAAGCAUCAAACACAGAGCACCACCUGGAGCUAGUGAUGACAGAGACUGUUACACUUAAGCAGGAGGUUAACAAAUUAAAGCAGAAAGCGAAAACAUUUGAGCAGGAGGCAGAAGCUGAAAGAGAAGCAACGAAACUCGAGGCCAAGUCCACCAAAGAUCAACUACAGCAAAUCUCACUCAAGUUUGAUGGCCUAGCAUUUUGCAUUGAUUCUAACCCUCAAACACAAGCAGCUAUCAAGAACAUCAAAAGCUCUCUAGAGACAAUGACCACAAUGCUAGCACCAGGUGACACACGAUACUACCUACUGCUAGUCAAAGAGUCAGAGUAUAGAGCUCGAUCAGCUUCGUUCUAUAUCAAACCUGGCUAUAAAAUGUAUGUAAGUAUCGAUAAUGCAGAUAACUGUGUAGCAUACUUGGAGAAAGGUGAACACGAUAACAUAUUAAAGUGGCCUAUGCCUGAAAUGGAAAUCAAACUCCGUACUAGGGAGAAUCAAAUUCUGUAUAGAGUAACAAUCUGCACCAAAUGUGGCCUCACAGUGAACCGACUAGAGGGGGACAGAACACAGCAAGAUAUCGAACCACGGCCAAGUAGUUAUACUCGACUAGGAGGGGUUCUAAGAAACUUUGUCUUCCUAACCGUGAGAGAGCACUACUACUGUCCCUAUGACGAUGUCUGAAAUGUACUUGUCAGAUGACGAGGACUGACACAAUUACAUAGUAUUUUUGUCUAGAUACAUGUAUAAUUAUAAUACUACAACCCUAGCUGAUUUAACGAUAAUAUACGAGUGAUUACCAGAAAAACUAUCAUGCACAUGCACUUUAAUUUAAAUAGUGCAUGUCCAGUUCGUUUCUGCACUAAAUUCCUGAUUCUUUUUGUCAAAGUCUAUUAUUAUAUUGUGUGAAAGGAUGUACACACACACGUA